CUUCUCCUGGCCCCAAUUCUCUAUUUCAACGCCCGCCAAUCUUUCUCUUUCGAUUCCGAAACCCAUCUUCAAGUUCCUCUAAUCUUCUGUCGCCAUAGCUUAGGGUUUUCUGCAAACGAUUGGGGUGUGUUGUGUUCAACAAUGGCUGUAUCCACUGCUUUUGCUGGGCCAAAACUCGAAACACUCUUCUUCAGCAAUGCCACUGUUACACCUGCUUCAUCAUCCCCAACUUCUCAUUUUCAAAUUGGGGUUUCGUCUAAACCACGAAGAACCCUAAUUCAGAGAGGCAGUUUUAGGUGCGAAGCUGCUGCUGCUUCUUCUUCUUCUUCUUCUUCUUCGGAGGUUGUUGUGGAGAAUUCAUCGGGAAAUGCUUCCAGCCUCUCUGCUCUUGAGCAGCUCAAGACCUCCGCAGCUGACAGGUAUACAAAGGAAAAGAGUAGCAUUAUAGUUAUUGGGCUCAGUAUCCACACUUGUCCCGUAGAAAUGCGCGAAAAACUUGCUAUUCCUGAGGCAGAGUGGCCUAGAGCAAUCAAAGAGCUUUGUGCUUUGAAUCACAUAGAGGAAGCUGCUGUUUUAUGUACCUGCAACCGAAUGGAGAUUUAUGUUGUAGCUUUGUCUCAGCAUAGAGGAGUUAAAGAAGUGACUGAAUGGAUGUCAAAGACUGGCGGGAUCCCAGUUCCAGAGCUUUCUGAGCAUCGUUUUCUGCUAUAUAACACGGAUGCAACACGCCACAUCUUUGAAGUGUCAGCAGGACUCGACUCCUUGGUGCUUGGAGAGGGCCAAAUUCUUGCUCAGGUGAAACAAGUGGCUAAAGUUAGUCAAGGAGUCACGGGCUUUGGGAGGAACAUUAGCGGGCUUUUCAAGCAUGCCAUCAUGGUUGGAAAAAGGGUCAGAACCGAGACCAAGAUUGCUUCAGGCGCGGUUUCUGUAAGUUCAGCUGCCGUGGAGUUGGCAUUGAUGAAGCUUCCACAUUCGGCCCAUUCUACUGCAAGAAUGUUACUCAUUGGAGCAGGCAAAAUGGGAAAACUUGUGAUAAAACACUUGGUUUCAAAAGGGUGCACAAAAAUGGUGGUCGUGAAUAGAUCCAUAGAAAAAGUGAAUGCACUUCGUGAAGAGUUUAAGGGUAUUGAGAUCGUAUACAAACCCACGACAGAGAUGAUGAAUUGUGCUGGUGAAGCAGAUGUUAUCUUCACCAGCACAUCUUCGGAAACCCCUUUGUUUUUGAAGGAAAAUGUGGCCGAUCUUCCUCCUGUUAGCGCAGAUGUUGGUGGUAAACGAAUUUUUGUUGAUAUAUCUGUUCCAAGAAACGUGGGUUCUUGUGUUAAGGAUCUUGAAACCACAAACGCUUACAACGUGGACGAUCUGAAGGAAGUUGUGGCUGCAAACAGAGAAGACAGGCUUAGAAAAGCAAGAGAAGCUCUAGUGAUCAUCGAAGAAGAACUAAAACUGUUUGAAGCUUGGAGGGAUUCAUUAGAAACCGUUCCAACAAUCAAGAAACUAAGGGCUUAUGCAGAACGAAUAAGAGUUGCUGAUUUAGAGAAAUGCUUGCAAAGAUUGGGUGAGGAUGUGAAUAAAGAUACAAGAAGAGCCGUUGAAGGGCUGAGCCGUGGGAUUGUUAACAAACUUCUUCACGGGCCAUUGCAGCAUUUGAGAUACGAUGGAAGUGAUGAUCGAACUUUGGAUGAGACCCUUGAAAAUAUGCAUGCUCUUAACCGAAUGUUCAGCCUUGAAACGGAGAUGUCUGUUUUGGAAGAGAAGAUUCGAGCCAAAGUUGAACAACAGAAGUAAGUUUUCGUUAUCGAUUCUAUUUUAUAUAACACACUUGUUUUUAUGCCUUUCAGUCUGAAUAAGAGGAAAUUUCCUCAAAACUGUGAUUCAAAUAGAUGAGAUCUGGAUUGAAAGAAUAGUUACCCCCUUUUGUGUCUACUGAUGUAAUUUGAGUUUUGUCGUUUGGGUUCGAUGAUCUUGGAUACCUGUUUCCCGAGUGUGUUCUUGAAACGUUGUUCAUUCUUGUAAUUACAUUACUGAUUUUUAUCAAUGUAAAGGAUAUAAUUUUCUCAUGUAUUGCUUUGUUUGAUCA